UAAAAAGCUACCUAAGCAGAAACCUAGAUCUAGCUCUAUCAGUAGCCCACACCAACAACCCGGUACGACACAACAUAGAUCUGCAAGGUUCAGGACGGCUUCACACCAAUCUCGGCUGUCCGGCGCCAAACAACAAGCCAGUUGUACGUUGAUAGAGAUAAAAACAAAACUUGCGCAAACGCGGCCAAGCCGGCUACAACAAGCCAGGGACAGACCUUUCCAACAAUGUUGUUAUGGACGUAGCCACCGACAAGGAUUCGGGUUAGGUUAGGUAGUAUCACAGUAUUCCUUUUCCCUUCGGUCUGGACCCCAUGCCUUCCCAAAGGGAAUCAAAGCUAAGGUAACUCAAGCUGCCAAUGUGGGCCAGCACGUUGCUUAGCUGGCUGAGAGAUUUUUCACGUAGCAUAUGAUAUGAUGAUUACCCAUGCCCAAGCUUCUGGGCUUUUUUUUAAAUAGACAUUGCUUUCCUCCAACUUCGCGUAACCUUUUUCUUCCUCCCCUGUCGCUCACCUCCAAAUCAAAUCUCUUGCACCAAGCUAGUUUUCAAGCCGAACAGCGUUCAAGGGCAUUGGGAAGACCGCAACUCCAGCACACAAGCCAAUUCACAUCUGAACUCCUGCUGCCGUCAACUCCACCAUCCACGCAGACAAAAUAAAAUGGCGAUCCUUACCUUCCUCACCGUCCUCACGGCGGCCCUUCCCCUCGUCAACGCCCACUUCGGUCUUGAAUACCCAUCGUGGCGCGCCAACACCCUGUCGGAUGAGAACGAAAGCUACAGCCAGUGGACCUACCCGUGCGCCGGCGUUCCCUCGAACGCGACUGGCAACAACGUGACCGACUGGCCUCUGGACGGCGGCUCGCUCGUCCUCGACAUGCACCAUCCUUGGACCUACCUGUUUGUCAACCUUGGCGUGCAGAUCAACCCCGGCUCGACCGUUUCAAACUUCAACUACUCCCUAUCGGGCCAGACCUUUUGGAACGUGACGGGCAACGGCACCCUCUGCAUCGAGAAGCUGGACCUGCCCAGCGGCUUCAAGCCCAAGGACGGCGACCGCGCCAGCAUCCAGGUUGUCACUACUGACAGCGGUUCGGCUCUGUACAACUGUGCCGACAUCACCUUCAGGGCCAACGCCACCAAACUUUCGGGCGACAAGUGCAAGAGCUCCGACAACGUCAAGGCCUACCAGGUCCAGUCCGGCGCCGCCAGCAGCAGCAGCGGCAACGGUGGCAGCAGCACUACCCCCAGCCAGCCUAGCAACACCGGUGGCGUUGCCGCAACUGGCGUCAGCACUCCGGUCCUGACUUCAGUGGUGGGCUUGGCUGUUUUGUUUGCUUACAGCAUGGCCUUGUAAUUGGAGACGGUGCAAUCUUCAUGAAAGUUAUGAUAAAUGCGAUUUGGAGGCGUAAGUGUGUUGAGCUGUGCAACACGUACAUAGCAGUUGACGUUUUAAUUUAAUUCUACAGACUUCAGUUCGUUUUGUUUCACGGCCAAUAACUGGUUUUAGUUUUUGCAUUGUAAAUAGCGAAGCUUUAGGGGACAGGUGUACACCAAAAUGAGAAGUGCUUUUACCUCCAUCUUCACAAUGAGAAACGGUGGGAGACUGCCAAAAUCCAUACAAGUUGAGUGAUGCAAGGGUGUGUGCUAUUAUGCUUACUGCGUACAGGUUUGGGGGGACGAGUAGAAUGAUGUGUAUGGUGUGGUGUGCUUAUGCGAUGACAAAGAUGCGCGUAUUAAAAGCAAAAAAAAAAAAAAAAAAAAAAAAAAAAAAAAAAAAAAAAAAAAAAAAAACA